AUGCUUGACGUUGAAGACUUUGACGCCGUUUAUCACGGUCUGCACUAUAACGAUGGCCUUGUUCAGGAGAUUCAAUCAUACAGGACUGCGCUUGGUGGACGAACCUUCUUCGAGCGGCUGUUGACACUGUUGAACAUCAAGGGCAAGUCGUCGUCCCUUUUGGUAUCAACGAUGGACUAA